AUGCUCAAAUUCCUAAUUCUUUCAUGUUUAAUAAUCAAAAUCCAUUCAUGGACUUGGAAUGAUUAUCCAUCCCCUAUAGGAAUAACUUAUUGGAGAUGUGGCAUUUUAAGUCCAACCUAUGUUUGUGAUCCUGAUGGAAUGUUAAAUGAUCAACAGAGGAAAGAAAUUAUCGAAUUGGUUGAGGAUUUUAAGGGAAAAACUAAAAGACCAAAUUCAAUAUAUACGUGUUUGAGGGAAGGAGUUAGACUUGUUGUUGCCUUAGCAAAAUAUAAAAUUGGUCCUGAAGAUGGUUCAGAUGGAACAACUUAUUUGUGCGGAAAUAAUAGAAAUUGGACGGCGUCAUAUGAUGCAACAAAAUGCGAGCCAGUACAUGGAAUUGAAUUAAAUACAGAUGGUUUUCGUUAUUGCGAUUCGACACGUUAUUUAUUGCACCUUCAUAAAGACGAGUUUGAACAGCUCGACAAUGCAUGGGUAAGUUUCGGUUACCGUAACUGCUCGAAUAAUUUUUCGCUGGAGGGGGUAAUUAAUCGAGAGCUGGUGCUAAAAUUGGUGUAUAUCUCAAUAGAUCAAGGAGGAAAUUAUUUGAGAGAGGGUAAUUAUUCGAGCAUUCACGUGUUUCUUUCGAAUCGAAAGGAAAGACUUUUCGCUGGAGGUGGCCACAAAAAAACUCUAAACAAAAAACUCUAA